AUGGCCAGCACCAGCACCAACACCAACAUCUCCCCCUAUCUCUUCCUCACCGCCUCCCUGCUCAACGCCCUCGCGGUACCAGGGCACAUCAUCUUCGGCCGACAGAACGUCGACCCCACGCUCCGCGCCCUCCAGGGCAGAUCCGACUCUCCCACGCACGCCGUAGGCCUCGCCGCCGCCAGAGUCGGCUUUGAGCACAUGACCGUCGGGAUCUUCGCUGCGGCCAUAUUGAAUUACCGCUGGAGCGCGACGAACGGGCCGCAAGGCCGAGAUGAGCACGCGCUGUUCUGGGCGCUGCUGGGCGGCGGCUGGUGGGUAGGGCGGCGGUACUGGCGCGUUGGCGAGUAUGGGCCGCUGGUGCUAUGUCUGUGGGGACCGCCCUUGUGCAGUCUUGCGGCAUGGGCUCUGGCGCAGCAUUGA